AAUUUGGAACUAUCCCCGCCACAGGAGUUUCCGGGCCUGUGUAUACGAUCGUGGUCUUAAGCAAAGACUUUGGAAAGAAAGUGAAUAUAAGACGAUUCUGCGUAUAAGCGUUUGCUUCUUCCUGAUAAACCUUCUUAAGCAACCAUUAUGAAUUCGUGAUUUCUUAAGGGAUAUAAGAUCGACUUUAUAAAGACGCAUUACUUUAUAAAAAUUUAAGCAUUGUCUUGAGAACGAACUAUGAAUACGGCCCUAUGAACACUCGGUAACUGAAUAAUUCACCAGAUGACGCUGGAAAAAUGGAUCGAGAUGACGAAGACUUUGGAGAAGGUUUUGUCGCGGAAUCUCAUCCACUUAGGCCAACGCAUCUUUCUGUUCCUAUUAAUGGUCGACCAGAUUCCAGAGCACCUAGUAUCAGCAGCAGUGUUAGUGAUAUGGACGUUCCGAUUUAUGCUAGAGAAACCACUAUACCUGUCUCAGCUGGAAAACCGCUUUAUAAUGGCAACGGAAAAUGACAAGUCGAGCAAUGAAAUCGAGAAACAGGCUACAACGCCAUCGCCUUUAACACCAGCGCCAAAGCCUACCACGGAGGAUAAGCGGUGGGGUCUAAAUGGACGACUAGCAUUUGCUAUUGCGGCUGCUGCACUUGGAUCAUCGUUUCAACAUGGGUACAACACUGGUGUCGUUAAUGCACCUCAGCAGCUCAUCGAAAACUGGAUCAGUGACCUGAAGAUGAAUCGUACUGGGCAAGUGACGAAACAAUCGGAAGUAACGAUGAUAUGGGCAAUAGCGGUGUCGAUAUUCUGCGUAGGCGGAAUGAUCGGUGGCUCUCUGGUGGGUUCGAUAGCCGAUCGUUUUGGUAGAAAGGGUGGUUUAUUACUGAACAAUAUCCUGGUCCUGCUCACAGUAAUCUUCGAGGGCUGUGCCAAAGCAGCGAAAAGUUAUGAAAUGAUAAUUAUCGGAAGAUUUCUGAUCGGUAUCAAUGCAGGAUUAAACGCUGGUUUAGCGCCUAUGUAUCUAUCUGAAAUAUCACCUAUUCAUCUACGAGGAGCCGUUGGAACAGUUUAUCAACUAGUUAUUACUAUGUCUAUUCUGGUAUCGCAAAUUCUUGGCUUGGAGCAAAUUUUGGGCACUGACGAUCAAUGGCCGCUUCUUUUAUGUCUGACAAUUGUCCCUGCAAUUUUCCAAGUGGUUACGCUUCCAUUGUGUCCCGAAAGUCCGAAAUAUCUGUUGCUGAGUAAAGGAAAAGACAUGGAAGCUCAGAGAGCUUUGGCCUGGUUGCGUGGCACGAUCGAAGUUCACGAUGAGAUGGAGGAAAUGAGGACGGAAUACGAAUCAGUGAAACUUGUACCAAAGGUUACAUUGAAAGAAUUAUUUGUAAAUCCAUCUCUUAGAAUUCCAUUGAUGAUCGCAAUCAUGGUUAUGUUCGCUCAACAAUUGUCCGGAAUAAAUGCCGUCAUGUUCUUCUCGACCAAGAUCUUCACGAUGGCGCAGUUGGACAAGACCGCAGCACAAAAUGCAACGAUGGCCGUCGGAGCGAUGAACGUCGUUAUGACUUUCGUUUCUUUGAUACUUGUCGAAAAAGCUGGAAGAAAAACGUUGCUGUUAGCCGGAUUCAGCGGAAUGUUUAUCGAUACCGCGUUACUCGCCAUUUGUCUUGCUUUCGCAGACACAUCUCGCGCAGCAGCUUACUCCUCCAUUGUACUGGUAAUGACGUUCGUAAUCCUAUUUGCAACUGGACCAGGUAGCAUCCCUUGGUUCUUGGUGUCCGAGUUGUUCAAUCAAUCGGCGAGGCCUGCGGCGACAUCCGUUGCUAUCGCGGUCAAUUGGACGGCCAACUUCAUCGUCAGUAUCGGAUUCCUACCGCUACAAGAGGCAUUAGGUGCCUACGUGUUCAUUAUUUUCGCCGCACUACAAGCAUUCUUCGUUUUCUUCAUUUACAAAAAAGUACCCGAGACAAAGAACAAAACGAUGGAGGAGAUUAGUAGCAUGUUUCGACAAAUAUCGUACCAGUAAGAACUUUCAUAUUGUCAUUGCGCUUAAGAAAUUAAUCGGAAACCUAUUCUUAAGGAAAGGUUCUCACUGAAGAAUGAAUCGAACGUAGAUGCGAAUUUCUUUCAUUAAAGAGUCCGUGACUUGACUACAACAACGAAUGCAUCUAUUUUUAACAUGCUAUUCACGUUUUCAUACGAAUCGAAGGCGUAACAUUUUUUAGCGAAUCAUUACUACGGAAAAUUGUAUUUUUUACUUUGUGACGAAUUCGAAGAAUAUUAAAAAGCUGUACUUGCUUUUGAAUGUUGAAUUAUUCUAAACGCUGUCAAGUCGCGCAUAUUUUUUAAGCAGUUUGACUUUCAAUUAAACUUAAACUUAGUUCCUAUUAUUACCGGCACAAUAAACUUAUAGUGACAUACGAAAGCAGUAUCAAAUUACACAUUAACAUAGUGAAACACAAUGUUAAAAACUACCGAAUUGUACAUCUUAACAAAUUUGUUCGUUUCUUUUUAUAUCUUUAUUGCACACAAACCUCGAAUGAAAUUAAUAAUACAUAUUACAAUGAUCAAGAUACUAUAGUUUUAAAGAAUUAAACGAAGCUCAACCUCAGAGAGACGAAUAUUUUAUUUCUAAUAUAUAUUUUUAUAUCGAAGAUCAAAAACAUGAAGAAAUUAGCGAUGCGAAGAGACGCAUAAAUGGAAAACAUAUAUAUUUUAACUGGCAGUUCCUUCGGAAUAAUUGAGAGAAUUAGACGACAAUUUUCGCUUCUGCACAUACUGUUCGCGCUAGAUGUUCUUCUAUCUUCAAAAAGAGCGAACAAACGAUAUUAUUUAAUUAUACCGAUACUAAAUAUUAUUACUCUAGUCAUAAAGAUAUAAUAUUUUUUGCAUUGGAAUUACAUUUAUUGGAAUUACAAUCUUGCUAAAAUCACUAUACAUUCUGCAUGGUUGAAAAUUAUUUUCUUUUUUUUAAAUAGAGAUUUAUACGAUAUAAACGCUUCGAUGUUUCUAAAAUCCUCGAUAGAAAUUUGUUUUACAUGAAACGUUUCCAAAGUGUUUAUAAAUGUUAGUGAAACGUGUGUAUAUCUGAAAUCAGACAAAUAUGGCGUAAAAUUGUUGGAACUCGUGAGAUUCAUUCUCGACAAAAAUUUUGCUAUUGUAAAACGUACGUUUUUAAAUUUUUUACAGUUUUCUUGAUUGCAUGUAUACAAUUAUACAGACUUUUAUAAAUUCUAUCACAUUAUGCCGCAGGAAAUAGAAAUUUUAUCCAAAUGAGAAAAAUGAAGAGUACCGUUACACUUGUACAUAGAGAUAUACGUAGGAUAUUACCGUAUAGCGUUCAGAAGAGAAUCGUAUUUAUAUAUGCAUGUAACUAGUGAAUGUUUAAAUCUGUAUACCGUUGUUGUUAUGUUUAUUAGGUAAUUAAUUAAUGUAAUAUAAACGAUAACCAAAAAUCAUGUUAAAAUAUCGUAACGUAUAGUUUAGAAGAGUUAGUUUCGCUGUAAAUCAUGAACCGACAGUAUAAUGUUUUGUUUGCCGCGUACAUUCUUAGAUCCAAAUAAUACUCACGCAUAGUUGUAUCAUUGAUGCUAAACUUAUCAGGAAAUCACCAUGAUUUCACGGUGUGCCGGUGUAUUUUUCCAACAAACAGAUUCAUUAACCAAUAGUGGUUCCUCAUUUUUUAAAUGCUGAAACAUGCAGAAAAUGUAGAAGUGUAGGUGAAACUAAAAACAUUGCAAUACAUAUAUUACUCUAAAUUAGGCUAUACCAGACCUACAUGCAUAUAUCUAAAUCUAAUGGAUUAAUUAAUUAGAUAAAUAAUACUUUCGAAAAAUAAUUCAACGUACAAAGGUAUUUUAUAUUUACAUAAUUUAAAUCGUAUUUACGACGUUGUUAUAGAACACGUAAGUUUCAGUCUAUAUAUUAUACGAUAUUAUAUUACUAAAUUCAGUAAUCGAGGUAGCGAAAUAAUAAUUGAAAUAAUUGUAAAAUAGACUAAGACUUAUUGGCUAUCGAUUCAGUUAUUAAAUCAGUUCCUAAUCACGAAGCACACCACUAUCUUAAGCUACAAUUAAUUGAAAAUAGACAGAAUAAUAAUGCAUACAGGCAGUAGAUAAUUAUUUUUGUUUACUAAAUUUACCCGGAAACUAUUUUGUUUAACUUAACGAUGAUCCAUCUAACUAUUUGUCUGUCAGAGGCUUAAGUUAUAUAAUAAGAGACCUAUUUUAUUAUUUAUAAUAUAGAAAAUUAAGGAUUCUGUUAUAAUACCUGUAAAUCCUUAAGGAGUUUAAUAAAUAUUCAUAAAUGUCAGAUAAGCAAUGAAAAGAACAAAUAAACAUAAAUGUAAAAGUUUAAACGCUCGAAACGCGUUAUUUUUCCCUUAUCUGACGUAUAUGAAUUAUGGUUUAAAUAUAAUUAAAAAUAAAUUUACAACAGGCAAUAAAUUAUUUAUGUAUAACGUUAAAAAUCAAAACUUCUAUAUUCAAACUUUUACACAUACAUAUGUUCAGCGUUAUAAAAGCACUGAAUUACGUGGACAAUGAGUACAACCCAACAUACAAAUAUUUGUAUAAUUAAAUCUCGAAUUUUUUUAUUCAUCAACUAUAUCAUGUAAGUUCUUUGUGGUACAAUUAUAGCAUUUAGUGUUAGAUUCUCUUUUUAUACCUGA